AUGCUGUGCCGCGCGCUGCUCCGCCGCGCCGCCGCGCCCGCCCGUCUGCCCUCAGCGCUUCCCCUGCAGCAUCUCUUGGACAGCUACCAGUGCAACCAAGAAGAUGACCAUCUGUCUUACGGGGAAACGGGAAUGCCGGUCCCUCCUUUCGGCUGCACCUUUUCUACAGCCCCAAAUUUGGAGCACAUCCUGGCAGUUGCAAAUGAAGAAGGGUUUGUUAGACUGUAUGACACUGAAGCACAGAGCACCAGGAAGCUCAUCUUUAAAGAAUGGCAGGCUCACUCAAAUGCUGUAUUUGACCUUGCCUGGGUGCCAGGGGAACACAGGAUUGUCACUGCUUCAGGAGAUCAGACAGCCAAGGUGUGGGAUGUGAGAGCUGGCGAGCUUCUUGGUAUAUGCAAAGGUCAUCAGUGUAGCCUCAAGUCAGUUGCUUUUUCUAGAUUUGAGAAAGCUGUUUUCUGUACUGGAGGGAGAGAUGGCAACAUCAUGGUUUGGGAUACCAGGUGCAACAAGAAAGAUGGCUUUUACAGGCAGGUGAAUCAAAUCUGUGGAGCACACAAUGUGGUUGACAAGCAGACUCCUUCCAAACCGAAGAAGAAGAGGCAGAACUUGAGAGGACUUGCUCCCUUGGUGGAUUUCCAACAGAGUGUAACUGUGGUGCUGCUUCAGGAUGAACAUACUCUUAUUUCUGCAGGAGCUGUUGAUGGUGUGAUCAAGGUGUGGGACUUGCGCAGGAACUACACCGCUCUGCGCCAGGAGCCGCUGCCCGCCAGGUCCUUCGGCUACCCUGGGACCAGCACUCGCAAGCUUGGAUAUUCUAGCCUGGUUUUGGAUUCCACUGGUGCUAAUCUGUUUGCUAACUGCACUGAUGACAGUAUCUACAUGUUCAAUAUGACAAGUUCAAGGACCACUCCAGUGGCUGUUUUCAGUGGACACCAGAAUUCAACCUUUUACAUCAAAUCCAGCACCAGCCCAGAUGACCAGUUCCUGGUCAGUGGCUCGAGCGACUGCAACGCGUACAUCUGGAAGGUUUCUGAGCCCAGCCUUCCUCCACGGAUACUCCUUGGUCACUCUCAGGAAGUUACCUCCAUUGCUUGGUGUCCUUCAGACUUCACUAAGAUUGCCACAUGCUCUGAUGACAACACUGUGAGGAUUUGGCGCUUACGACAAUGUCCUGAGGAAGAGAAAUCAGUAUCCAGAAAAGCCAACUUGGUGGGCUGGGUCACUCAGAAGAAACCAGAAGAACAACAUGGAGCAGGGCCACCAGCCAGCCCACAGAGCACUCCUGCCAAGGCCCUGGCAGCAGGCAGUGUGUGCAUUUCCUCCCCACGCCCCGCUGCCUGUGCUCCCGCUCACUCCGGAGACCUUCCGCUGUCCACCAACACUCCGACGGUCGCUCUCAAAACCCCGACCACCACAGCCUCCACCCCAGCCAAGCCAUCUGGAGCCAGCCCCUGUGCGUCUCCCAAACUGAUCCCUUCCUCCAAAAUGUCCAUCAAACACUGGGUUACAAGGACUCCGUGCUCUUCUCCUCCAGAAGUGGAGAAAAAGGCUCCUUCUCCUAGAAAAGCCCUGGCAGAAGUCACUCAGGGUCUCCUGGAAGCUGCUUGCCCUCCUCAAGUGCCACACUCCCAGUUGGAAAAGCGUGCCAAGAGAAGGCUUGACUGCAGCAGGGAGGCUGAUGCAGGGCAGAAGUGUCUGCAGGCCUGCAGCUGUGUGACUGAGCUGGACCAUGCAGCUAAGAAAUCCAAACUGAAUUUAUGUCACUUGGUUCCUGACCAAAAAGCUUCUGAUGCAGACUCUCUCAGCCUGACUGACUUGUGCAAUGACCAUGAAGGCCUCAGCCACAGCCCAAAAGAGCCUUCCCUUUCUGGAAGCCACAUUAAUCCAUCAGGCAUUCAAACUUCCCCCCAUCUUUUCAGAUCUCCAUGUGGGAAAGACACUGAGGUAGUAGAUAAGGAGAACAGUUCUCCUGAAAGGAAGAAUUGGUUGUCUGCUCUGGGAGAGAGGCUACGGACUGGCAGACCUGGCAGUCAGAGCACUUCAAACAGCCCCCUGUCACCCUGCAGUCCUGGUGCCAAAAGACAGGAGUGUGUGGCAGUGGCCACUUCGCCGAAAACUGCUGCAGCCACUUCAGUUUCCAUGAGGAAGAUCUGCACAUACUUCCACAGAAAGCCACAGAAGGACUGAAACAGCAUGUGGUGGUUGCACCUGAGGGAUGUUGACACCGAGGUAUCAAGAUCAGACUUAACAAUGCUGACAACGAUGCACCAAGAUUACAGAAUUUGUUGUCAGACCUUCAUAGACUUGAGGUUUUAGUCUUCCUGUUUUUAAAGCUGUUAGCAGUUGAAGCAAGCUGAUUAUAUAAAAUCUAGACAAUACUUGCUCAUGGUCUCUUUCUGAUUUAGAGUAUGUAUUUUUUUAUAAACAAAGCAUUUUUUACAUGGGAACUGUUCUAGUCCAAACACAGCCAGAACUCUGCUGUGUAUUGUUGACAGGCACAUACAGCUUUGUCAUUUUAUGUUACUGAUCUGCUGUUCAAACUGCCUCUACUUGAGUAGUGUGUAAAUCAUUACACUCCCCUGAAAAGUAAGUGUUGGAAUGUGUGUACAGAAUUUUACUGGAGGUACAUCUGAGCCUCUUCAUGCUGAAUGGCAUUUCUACAGUUAUUCUUCUGGUGCUGCAAUGACUGUCUGCUUCCACCAGGGAAGUUAGCAAUGCAUUAAUUAAAUAUAAAAACCUUUUAAAUAGCCCACAUCCGUCUGAUGGUGACUAUGGUGUAAGAAGAGAAAGUUUAAUCAAGUACAUAAUACCUCUACUCCCCUUGCUAUCCCCUUUCUUCUCCCACCCUGGAAACUACUGUAUUUACCUACUUAGCUGCCUCUUGAACCAUUAGCACUACAGCUUUCAAGACCAAAACUUUAUCACUUCUCUGAAAUAAAAUACUGGCAAGGUGUGUUCAAAGAAUUGGUUUGAUCUAUCCUAAAUAGACAUCCCAUAACAGCCCAUGGCCAAGCUCUUACAGGUUGAGCCUGCAACAAAGGCAUUAGUAACUGCUUAUAACAUAUCUUCAUAACAGUUUUAUAAUACAGUAGUUACAGAA